GCGCGUUCGGAACAUGUCGGGGGAGGAGAUACUCGCUCUGCCGAUGGAGGAAGUAUUGGAGAAUAUCGUCGGAGAUCAUCCAUGGCCCGUGCUCAUGUUGAAGCGGCAUUUGCAGCACAUUGUUGGCUACACUCGUUACAGGCAGCGGCUCGUGCAGGAGCCGGAUGGUGUGUUGCUGAAAGAUUGGGACAAGCUGAAUGGCAACAUGGAGCUGCAGCUGAUCUUGGUCCCCUUCAUCGAGGCAACCACUGAGACCAUCGAUGAGUUGCGUCUCGCCUGCGGUGCGAAUGUGCCCACGGCUGUGGAGUGUGCGCUUCAGAGGCCUUAUGAUCCCAACGCCAUCGAUGAGCGCAGCAGCAGUGCUUUGUGUACUGCAUCACUCCUGGGUCACUCAAUAGUCAUCGCCCUCUUGCUGGAGGCCCGGGCUGACGUGGACAUGAUUGGAGACCAUGGGGCAAGUCCAUUGAUGUGGGCGGCAGUGCACAGACAUGUGGCCGUCACACGCCAGCUGCUACAGGCAAGAGCUGGCGUAGACGUCGAAUCGGAAAGGGGCCAGGGAGCCACCGCACUCCUCGUGGCUGCAGAGAAAGGCCAUGCAGACAUCGCAGAGGUGCUUCUGGAG